AUGUUUUUUCUCUCUUCCUAUAUCUCUUUAAAUUUCUUGUGUACUCCCUCUCUCUCUCUCUUCCACUUCUCUCUCUCUCUUUCUUUAUUUACUUUCUCUCCUUCUCUCUCUCUUUCCUUAUUUUCUUUCUCCCCUUCUCUCUCUCAUCCUCAUCUUCUCUCUCUCUCUCUCUCCCCUCUACUAAUCUCUCUCUCUCUCUCUCUCACUCAUUCUGACACAUAUAAAAAAGACAGCAGCCUCGCCGCUCCCAUCAUUUCUCGAUCUUGCUCCUCCACCUCACCAACCUUCACUUUUCUUUUUCAUCUUUCUUUCUUUCUCUCUCUCUCUCUCUCUAUCUAUCUAUCUCUCUCUUUCUUUUUUCUACCUUUCGUCUUUUCAGCUUCUCUUUCACAUAAUUUUCACGCUUUCUCUCCGCUUUCUUUACAACCGGCACACGACUCCAUUUUCGUACUUUUCCUCUCUCUCUCUCUCUCUCUCUCUCUCUCUUUCUCUGUUUUUCACUCACAUUAUUCUUUCCACCUUCUCUUUUUCGUCUUCAUUUUUUUUAACUUUCACCUAUUAGACUAUCUUACACGAAAUGUAAUUUUCAUUCCAUUUUUUUAUUUCCCAUUCUUUCUUUCUUUUUCCCUCUUCUUUCUUUCUCUCUUCUUUUUUUUUUUUUUUUUUUCUUUCUUUCUUUCUUUCUUUCUUUCUUUCUUUCUUCUAAUGUUUACAUACUAUUUAAUAUUUAUCUGCACUCUUUCACCUCUACUUCUGAUCUAUCACGUGAGUGAACUACCAACCUCCACUUGUGGCUUCGUCAAUAGAUCAAAUGAUCUAUCACUCUAA